GACUCGGCUUGGCUCGUAUUUGUUCGCGAACAAGCUCGUGUUCGGCUCGUUAGUUAACGAGCCGAGCUUGAACACAAUUUUUGUUCGAUUAAAAAGCUCGGCUCGGCUCGGCUCGUCAGAAAAAAAAUUAAAGCUCGGCUCGGUUCGGUCAAAACUCGGCUCGGCUCGGUUCGUGAACAGCUCUACUAUCAAUGGUUAUAUAAAUAUCUGCAAAAACCUUCUCAAAACUUAUUCAAAAACCCUGAUAAACAAACCAUUAAUUCUAUACUUUACAAAGACCUACAUCAUGAAGAAGGCUCCAUCAUCAUCAAGCUUAGGCCCAGGAGGCCUAGACUUAACCCCUUCAUUCUUCAAGCCCAUACAAAACACGUCUCCUCCAUCUCCAACCAAACGCCACACCAAAAUCUCCGUUGUUGGCGUGGGCAAUGUCGGCAUGGCCAUUGCCCAAACCAUCCUCACCCAAGACCUCGUCGACGAGCUAGCUCUCGUCGACGCCAACUCUGAUAAGCUACAAGGCGAGAUGCUGGACCUCCAGCAUGCCGCGGCUUUUCUUCCUCGUACCAAGAUCCAGGCCUCUCUGGACUACUCGAUUACCGCGGGUUCGGAUUUGUGUAUUGUCACGGCUGGAGCUAGACAGAAUCCGGGAGAGUCUAGGUUGAACUUGUUACAGAGGAAUGUGGCCAUGUUUAAGAGUAUAAUUCCACCGCUUGCUAAGUACUCGCCAGAGUCGAUAUUGUUGAUUGUGUCGAAUCCGGUGGAUGUGCUGAGCUAUAUUGCCUGGAAACUUUCGGGAUUUCCUGCCAACAGGGUUAUCGGGUCUGGCACGAAUCUUGAUUCAUCGAGGUUCCGCUUCCUCAUUGCUGAUCACCUUGACGUCAGUGCUCAAGAUGUGCAGGCCUAUAUAGUUGGAGAACACGGCGACAGCUCCGUGGCACUGUGGUCCAGCAUUAGUGUAGGAGGAGUUCCUAUCCUUAGCUUCUUGGAAAGGCAACAAAUUGCGUACGAAAAAGAAACCCUGGUGAAAAUUCACAAAGAAGUUGUAGAGAGUGCAUAUGAAGUGAUAAGUUUGAAAGGCUACACAUCCUGGGCAAUCGGCUACUCGGUGGCUAGCUUGGCUCGAACCAUUCUCAGGAACCAGCGGAGGAUCCAUCCGGUCUCGGUGCUGGCUACCAGCUUCUACGGCAUCGAUGAGGGUGGGGUGUUUCUGAGCCUGCCAGCACAGCUGGGCAGAAGUGGAGUUUUGGGUGUGACCAAUGUGCAUCUUAGUGAUGAAGAAGUUCAGCAGCUGAGGGAGUCGGCCAAAACAAUCAUGGAGGUGCAGGACCAGUUGGGUAUUUAAUUUUAACGUACGGUAUUUGAUAGUUGGCCCAUUGUCUUUUUCAUAUUCAAUUUAUGUCAUGUAUUCUUUUUUCUUUA